AUGCUCCCCAAGUCCCCUGCACGAACUGUUGCAGAUUGUCGUCGCAAGGACAAAGCUGAUCGUGAUCGGGCUCGUCGCCUCGAGGAAGAAGCUGCAGAACAGGAGCGUUCAGCAAUCUGUCAAGCCGCAUGCGAACAGGCCCUUGCAAUACUCGAGGAGGCGAACGUACCUUUUAUUGAACUCCUUCGCCUCAUGUCUGACCCCAGUGGUUAUCGCGGAAAGGAAAGGUACUGGGGUCUAUUCCGGGACCGAGUCGGUGUUGUCGAGGUGCUGGAUAUGUGGGUCUCUUCGCAAAAUAGCGCAACAGGAAGAGAGACCGUUCGCGAGUGGGCCUCUGCAUACAUCGCUCGACUGGUAGCUCGCGAAGGUCAUGCAGUGUGCAAGGACGGCUUCCUGCGUACCGAAAAAAAGGAGAUCAACGAACACUUUGCAUUGGACUUCAGCCUCGAGGCAUUAGCCGGAGAUCUCGAGUUUAUUUGUCCAUUGAUGAUGGAUCUGUUGUCCGCCUUCAGUACAUCCACAAGGCAGAAACAAAAGAGCACCGCGACGAGUCUGCAACGGCACCAAAAUUAUCUCACCACGAGCGCACUCAUCUGUCUCAGUGCACGCAGUCAGAAGAAUAACUACGCGCGCAAUGUCUUUGGGCUGUACGCGUACACUUUGGGGGCGAAACGCCAGAUGAUCGAGCUGCUGUCACAUCUUGGGUUGUGCAGUAGCUACAAUACCCUCACCGGAAACCUCGAAGAUGGCGGGAAGGACAACUCCAAGAAUACGGUGAAGAAGAAGCGAGUCGAGGGCAUUCUCAAGCGCCUCUCGGAUGCGUGUCGACGCGCUGCACGUGCUAACGCAUCGACACGUCUCGUCGCGUUUGUAUACGACAAUAUCAACAUGGUCUUCCGCGUCGCUGAGCAGACGAUUGGUCGAAAGGACACACAGGAGAACGGCACAUGCGCCACGGCAUUUGAGCUAUACGGUGCGACUGAAGAUGCCAUGCAGUGUGCGGACCUCAUGGCAGGGAUUGUCAAUGCGCCGCCACUCGGUCGUAAUGAUGUGCUCUUCACGCCUCAGGAGAGCCUCGACUUCAAAAGGAUUCUCCAACACACUGUUCUCCAAAUCAUCGUGACACACGGCGGUGACAAUUUUUCACGCUUCACGAAGGAUGUCGAGGGCUUUGGCCCACUGCUUGAGACGCGCAUCCCUCUUCAUCAGACCCGAAUCUUUCCACUGCCAUCCAUGAAGAUCGACGAAUCGACCAUCGUUGGCAAUGCAGACCUGACGAAGACUAUCCUUGCAGAACUGGGGCAGGACAUGGGGGCAGACGGUUUUGGUGAUGUUGUCCGGGUCAUUGCUGGCGACCAGCUAUCCAUUGCACGUCUUCGUUCACUCGCGAAGAAUCGUGCUGGCCAUGACAACUUCACGAACUCUUACCUCUGGGCUGUCACAAUGCCUGGACUGUUCCACUAUAAGAUGGCAGGCUCACAUGGUGUUAUGGAGCUACACUACGGCAAGACCACGAGUCAUCGUAACCCCGGUUCACUGGCCUUCCACAACACUGUACUCGACCGCAAGCCGAUCACCCUCACAAGCCUCCCACCCUUCCGCGUCUGUCAAGAUCUCAUCUACGUCUCGUUGUAUGCACGGGUCCUCGUAUGCCUAGAGGCAGUCAGUGCAUGCGAGUCUCUCGAUGACUACGCGACGCAUGUGUCAUGGACGCGGCUCCAGGAACACACAGCCGAGAUCGUCGACCACUACACAGACGGCCGUACACCAAAUAACCACGAGGCUGAACAGCACAUACCGAGGGAAGGUGAUAUGGUGUACGAGAAUGCAUUGCUCUUCAUGCGUGAUUCUCUAGUUCUGCGUGCCUUGACAAAUGCAAUCAAAAUGGGUGUAUCGGGACGCAUAGUGUUAAUACUCAAGGCGUUGGCGUUGAUCUAUCGCGGAUCUGGACGAACAAAGUAUGCUCAGGAGGUAUUAUUCUUGAUACACAACUUAACUCACGUCUGGCCGGAGGGACUACGGAAAAUUGUCUUGAACAACUGGCUCGUGAACCCGACGGGCAAACCAGAUUCGUGGGUCGAAGUCGACCUCUUGCAGGAGCAUAUGAAUUUCUGGAUUAAGACGAUUUAUAGGGCGCACGGGAGCAACGCAUCUUGGGAAUGGCUUGCGAUGAUCUCACCGUGUAUCGACAUCCUUCGCCGCCUAUCUACACAAAUGAAUGCGUCCCUCGGUGCAAAGCUAGGGUCAAAGCACACAAGUCCGAGCAUCAAGAAGGAUAUCGACAUACUCAUGAAUUCCUUGCGGCACCAUCGUGUUUACGAGGUCAUUCCCGGCCGCACAAUUGACGAUGAUCGACCUGUCGUCCCCGACGCAUUGACACUUGGGCUAGAGAAUCUUGAAGGGCCACUCGAAGACUUCAAUCAGACCUUUUCCAAGCUCCAAGCCCGCUGUCGGACCACGCCUCUUGUGGGCGGCAAGUAUCCGGGUCAGACAGUCGCGUCGAGUCUGGCCUCGGAGACUGUUUCACGGACUGCUGGGCCGAGCGAUGUAGGUCGAGCAGUGCCGAGCAGCUCGGAGCUUCGUGGUGGUGCGCUGGAUGGCAUGCAACGCGGCGACGAGAACAGAGAUAGUGACAUCGAAGAAGACGACAACGACGAGGAUAGCGAUGAAGAGGAAGAAGAAGACGCACAGCCCCAGGACAUCAUGUUCUCGCUUGACACCGCGGGCGAUGUAGCACUCGAUCCUGACCGUGUUGGCGACUUCGAGUUUGGUUCCUGA